AUGGUUGAUUUACAUCGCGCGCACACGAUUCACGAAGAUUACGCGCGUAAUCAUAAACUCUUCAAACUCCCGCGAACGAGUCUUGGCGCGCUGUGCGUCGCGUCGGGCGUCGGCGUGGCGACGUAUUACGCGUUCCGCUCGUUCGUGACAUCGACGCAAUCGAACGCAUCGACGGGGACGACGGGGAUGACGAAACACGAAGAGGUGUGGCGAUCGUCCUGGGAUAAAGGAUCACCGCGCAAGCACGUGAAUAAUCUCUGGAACGAUCCCGCGAAGUGA